AUGUCUGCUCCAGUUCCUCAAUACACUGUAUCUGACUAUGCCAAGUUCGCUCUAGCUGGUGCCAUUGGUUGUGGUACCACUCACUCCGCUAUGGUCCCAAUCGAUGUUGUCAAAACUAGAAUUCAAUUGGAACCAACCAUUUACAACAAGGGUAUGGUUUCUUCUUUCAAGAAGAUUAUCGGUGAAGAAGGUGCUGGUGCUUUGUUGACCGGUUUCGGUCCAACUUUGUUGGGUUACUCCAUGCAAGGUGCUUUCAAAUUCGGUGGUUACGAAGUCUUCAAAAAGUUGUUCAUUGACACUUUGGGUUACGACACUGCUGUCAAUUACAAGAACUCUAUUUACAUGGGUUCCGCCGCUAUCGCCGAAUUUUUCGCUGAUAUUGCCUUGUGUCCAUUGGAAGCUACUAGAAUUAGAUUGGUUUCUCAACCAAACUUCGCCAACGGUUUGGUCGGUGGUUUCUCUAGAAUCUUGAAAGAGGAAGGUCUAGGUUCUUUCUACGCCGGUUUCACUCCAAUCUUGUUCAAGCAAAUUCCUUACAACAUCUCCAAGUUCUUGGUUUUCGAACGUGCUGCUGAAGCAUACUUUGGUCUAGCUGGUCCAAAGGAACAGUUGUCUGCUACUUCUGUCACUGGUAUCAACUUGGUUGCUGGUUUGACCGCUGGUUUGGCUGCUGCUAUUGUCUCUCAACCUGCUGACACUUUGUUGUCUAAGGUUAACAAGACCAAGAAGGCUCCAGGUCAAUCCACCAUCGGUUUGCUGGGUCAAUUGGCCAAGCAAUUGGGUUUCUUCGGUUCUUUCGCCGGUUUGCCAACCCGUUUGGUUAUGGUCGGUACCUUGACCUCCUUGCAAUUCGGUAUCUACGGUUCUUUGAAGAGAACCUUGGGUUGUGCUCCAAGUGUCGAAAUCGCUAAGAAGGAUUAA